AUGUCCUUGGUGUGUUUGGAAGACUUUCAGGCACAAGCACGGGAGCAUCUGUCCAAGUCAUCUUGGGAUUUUAUUGAUGGAGGAGCUGAUGACAGCUUCACACUAGAUGACAACAUCGCAGCAUUUAAAAGAAUCCGUCUCCGCCCCCGGUUCCUGAAAGAUAUGUCAGAGGUGGACACCAGGACCACAAUCCAAGGAAAGGAGAUCAGUGCCCCCAUUGGCAUUGCACCCACAGGUUUCCACUGUCUCGCCUGGCCUGAUGGAGAAAUGAGCACAGCCAGAGCUGCCCAAGCAGCUGGCAUCUGCUAUAUUACUAGCACAUAUGCAUCAUGCACCCUUGAAGAUAUUGUUACUGCUGCCCCUGGAGGCCUCCGAUGGUUCCAAUUCUAUGUGCAGCCAGAUCGGCAGCUAAACAAACAGCUGAUCCAGAGGGCAGAGUCCCUGGGUUUCAAAGCUCUGGUAAUCACUGUAGAUGUACCCACAGUCGGCAACAGGCGACAUGACAUUCGAAACAAACUGGACUUGAAGAGGAACUUAUUGCUAAAGGAUCUUCGAUCCCCUAAAGAGAGAGAUUCUACACCGCAUCUCCAGAUGUCUCCCAUUAACCCAUCCUUAUGCUGGAAUGAUCUCUCCUGGUAUCAAAGCAUAACUCAAUUGCCCAUCAUCCUUAAAGGGAUCUUGACAAAAGAGGAUGCAGAGCUAGCAGUGAAGCACAAUGUCCAUGGCAUCAUUGUUUCCAACCAUGGUGGGAGGCAGCUUGAUGGAGUUGCUGCAUCAAUCGAUGCCUUGACAGAGGUUGUGACUGCUGUGAAAGGGAAGAUUGAAGUGUACCUGGAUGGUGGUAUCCGAACUGGCAAUGAUGUGCUAAAGGCCCUAGCACUUGGAGCAAAAUGUGUUUUUCUUGGGAGACCCAUCCUGUGGGGUCUUGCUUGCAAGGGUGAACAUGGUAUUCUGGAAGUUUUGAACAUCUUAAAAAAGGAGUUUCACACAUCCAUGACCCUUACAGGUGCCGCAGCCACCGAGCCCCGGAACCUGGACUCGGCCCGCCGCCCUGGCGGCAGCAGAGGACUCCGAGCUCCCGAGCUCCCGCGGAACCUCAUUACCACCUGCAGCCACUUGCACCGUCUGCCCUUCCAAAACGCCCGCCACUGUCAGCGCCAGCUUCCUAGCUCAACCGGGUAA